AUGGCCUGGGAGGCAAACCAGACUCUCAUCUCCCACUUCAUUCUCCUGGGCCUUUUCACCCACUUGCCACUGCACUUCUUCCUCUUUUCCAUCAUCAUGGUCAUGUUCUUGGUGGCCCUCUCUGGCAAUGGGCUCAUGAUCCUCCUCACCAAUGUUGACUCUCGCCUACACAGCCCCAUGUACUUCUUCCUCAGCUGGCUGUCACUCAUGGACCUCAUGCUCAUCUCCACCAUUGUGCCACGGAUGGCCACUGACUUUCUUCUGGGCCGUGGCACCAUCUCCUUCACAGGCUGUGGACUCCAGAUCCUCUUCUUCCUCACCCUCCUGGGGGAUGAGUGCUUCCUAUUGGCUUUCAUGGCCUAUGAUCGCUAUGUGGCCAUCAGCAACCCACUGAGGUACUCAGUGGUCAUGAGCCGUCGUGUCUGCUGGCUCAUGGUGGCAGGGUCCUGGCUCUUUGGCCUGGUGGAUGGACUGAUCCAGGCCAUCUUCACCCUGCGCUUCCCCUACUGUGGUUCCCAAGAGAUUGACCAUUUCUUCUGCGAGGUUCCUGCCAUACUGAAGCUGGCCUGUGCUGACACUUCCCUCUAUGAGACCAUGAUCUAUGUCUGUUGCAUCCUAAUGCUGCUCCUGCCCUUCUCUGUCAUUUCUGCUUCCUACCUGCGUAUCCUGGUGACUGUGCUCCAUAUGCGUUCUGCUGAAGGUCGGCAGAAGGCCUUUGCUACCUGCUCCUCUCAUAUGGCAGUGGUCUCCCUCUUCUACGGGGCAGCCAUGAUCACCUACAUGCGACCCCAGGCCUACCACUCCUCCAAGCAGGACAAAGUGGUCUCGGCCUUCUACACCUUGAUCACCCCUAUGCUCAAUCCACUAAUCUACAGCCUGAGGAACAAAGAAGUGACUGGGGCUCUCAGGAAACUCCUGGUGAGGUUUCACUGUCGUGGGGAGCAGGGCUAG